UACAUCGAUCUUUUCCUGAAUCGCUCCCCCAGCUUGUUCACGGAGAAGUUUGCUUUGAAGGGUAUACACUGAUUCCAUCGUCCUGCCGAGAAUCAACUUCCAGAAACAGAGCAACGUUUUGAUCCGGAAAAACCCUUUUUCGGUCUCCCAUAAACGCGUUUCUACUGCUUGAGCUUCAGUUUUUGAUUUGGUUUGAUAUUUUCACCACCCGGUGUUUUUGUUGCCUCGGUGAUCCUUUAAGCGUGAUUUAGACUAUAGCGUGUCCGACCAUGUCUAACAACAACAACUACAACUACAACGACCAAUACCAAGGUCAAGAUCAAGGUAACGACCAGUACAACGAUCAGCAGUACAAUGACCAACAGUACCACGAUCAACAGUACAACGACCAACAGUACGGCGAUCAGUACCAGUACGACAGUGCUAACCAUCAGGACCCUUACUACGGUAACGAAGGUUACCAUGCCUCUCAGGAGGGCUUGAACCAAGGUGAGUACUACGACCCACAAAAUGAUGGCUCUUAUUACAACCAAGGUUACGAUAGCCAGGGUUACUACGACCAGCCAAGAGGCGUUGCUGACAACGAUGGGAACUUUUCUGACUUCUCAUACGGUGGUCCAAACCCUCCAGGUACCCCUGGUUAUGACUACGGCACCCAGUACACACCAUCUCAGAUGAGUUACGCGGGUGGUAGAUCCUCUGGUGCAUCCACACCAAUCUACGGCUCUCAAGGAGUAUUUGAUCCUUCACAAAUUGCCGUUGCUUUGCCAAACGAGCCAUAUCCAGCUUGGACUGCUGAUCAACAAGCACCAGUGUCUAUUGAGCAAAUUGAAGAUGUGUUUAUCGAUUUGACUAACAGAUUUGGUUUCCAAAGAGAUUCCAUGAGAAACAUGUUUGACCAUUUCAUGACCUUGUUGGAUUCCAGAUCUUCCAGAAUGUCACCAGCACAGGCCUUGCUCUCUUUACACGCUGAUUACGUUGGUGGUGACACUGCCAACUACAAGAAGUGGUACUUUGCUGCCCAACUCGACUUGGAUGACGAUGUUGGUUUCAGAAACAUGAACUUGGGUAAGCUCUCAAGAAAGGCUAGAAAAGCGAAGAAGAAGUCCAAGAAGACUAAGAAGGCUGUUGAAGAAAUAGGUGCUGAAAACACUGAGGAGACUUUGAACGCCUUGGAAGGUGACAACUCUUUACAGGCCGCUGACUACAGAUGGAAGGCAAAGAUGAACAAGCUCACUCCAUUGGAACGUGUUCGUCAAAUUGCCCUCUACUUGCUCUGUUGGGGUGAGGCUAAUCAAGUGAGAUUCACUCCAGAGUGUCUCUGUUUUAUCUUCAAGUGUUCUUUGGAUUACCUCGACUCCCCAGCUUGUCAGCAACGUGCUGAGCCAGUUCCAGAAGGUGACUAUUUGAACAGAGUCAUCACCCCAUUGUACCGUUUCAUUAGAGCUCAAGUCUAUGAAAUCGUCGAUGGUCGUUACGUCAAGCGUGAACGUGACCACAACAAGAUCAUUGGUUAUGAUGAUGUUAAUCAAUUGUUCUGGUACCCAGAAGGUAUUGCCAAGAUUGUCUUUGAGGAUGGUUCAAGAUUAGUUGACCUUGCCCCAGAAGACCGUUAUGUCAGAUUAGGUGAAGUUGCCUGGGACAUGGUGUUCUUCAAGACCUAUAAGGAAAUCAGAACUUGGUUCCAUUUGAUUACCAACUUCAACCGUAUCUGGGUUAUCCAUGGUUCUUUCUACUGGUACUAUAUGGCUUAUAACUCUCCUACUUUGUACACGCACAACUACCAACAAUUGGUGAACAAUCAACCUCUGGCUGCUUACAGAUGGGCUUCUGCAGCUUUGGCUGGUACUUUUGCUACUUUCCUCCAGUUGUGUGCUACCAUUUGUGAAUGGUUCUUUGUCCCAAGAAAAUGGGCUGGUGCUCAACAUUUGUCGCGUCGUUUCUGGUUCCUUAUUCUCAUCUUUGCUGUCAAUUUAGGUCCUAUCAUCUUUGUCUUUGCCUAUGAUCCAAUCACUGUCUACUCGAAAGCGGCUUUGGUGGUUUCCAUUGUGAUGUUCUUUGUGUCUGUUGUUACGGUGAUCUUCUUCUCCGUCAUGCCAUUGGGUGGUUUGUUCACAUCUUACAUGGGUUCCAACAACAGAAAGUAUGUUGCUUCUCAGACAUUCACGGCGUCCUUCUAUUCACUGCAAGGGCUUGACAUGUGGAUGUCUUACCUAUUGUGGGCAACAGUCUUUGGUGCUAAGCUUUCAGAGUCUUACUUCUUCUUGAUUCUGUCUAUGAGAGAUCCAAUUAGAAUUUUGUCCACUACUGAUAUGAGAUGUACUGGUGAAUUCUGGUGGGGAAACACUCUUUGUAAGGAACAAGCCCGUAUUACUUUGGGUUUGAUGUACUUCAAUGACUUGGUCUUGUUCUUCUUGGAUACCUACUUGUGGUACAUUGUCUGUAACUGUGUUUACUCUGUCGGUCGUUCCUUCUACUUGGGUAUUUCUAUUUUGACCCCAUGGAGAAAUAUCUUCACCAGAUUGCCAAAGAGAAUCUACUCCAAGGUGUUAGCAACCACUGAUAUGGAGAUUAAGUACAAGCCAAAGGUCUUGAUUUCUCAGGUUUGGAAUGCCAUUAUCAUUUCCAUGUACAGAGAACACUUGCUUGCCAUUGACCACGUUCAGAAAUUGCUGUACCACCAAGUUCCUUCUGAGAUUGAAGGUAAGAGAACUUUGAGAGCACCAACUUUCUUUGUAUCUCAAGAUGACAACAACUUUGAGACAGAGUUCUUCCCAAGAAACUCUGAAGCUGAACGUCGUAUCUCUUUCUUUGCUCAGUCCUUGGCUACCCCAAUUCCGGAGCCAUUGCCUGUUGAUAACAUGCCAACUUUCACUGUUCUUACACCACAUUACUCUGAAAAGAUUCUUUUGUCUUUGAGAGAAAUUAUCAGAGAAGAUGAUCAAUUCUCUCGUGUUACAUUGUUGGAGUACUUGAAGCAGUUGCACCCAGUUGAAUGGGACUGUUUCGUCAAGGAUACCAAGAUUUUGGCUGAGGAGACUGAUGCUUAUGAGAACAAUGGUGAAGAGGAGAAGGAUGAGAACGUCUUGAAGUCCAAGAUUGAUGAUCUGCCAUUCUACUGUAUUGGUUUCAAAUCUGCUGCUCCAGAAUACACCUUGCGUACUCGUAUCUGGGCUUCUCUAAGAUCUCAGACCUUGUAUCGUACUGUUUCCGGUUUCAUGAACUACGCCCGUGCUAUCAAGUUGUUGUACAGAGUUGAGAACCCGGAAAUUGUUCAAAUGUUUGGUGGUAAUGCCGAAGGUUUGGAGAGAGAAUUGGAAAAGAUGGCUAGAAGAAAAUUCAAGUUUGUUGUUUCUAUGCAAAGAUUGACCAAGUUCAAGCCUGAAGAAUUGGAGAAUGCUGAAUUCUUGCUUAGAGCCUACCCUGAUUUGCAAAUUGCCUACUUGGACGAAGAGCCUCCUCUCAACGAGGGUGAAGAACCAAGAAUCUACUCUGCACUUAUCGAUGGACACUGUGAAAUCCUUGAGAAUGGUCGUCGUAGACCAAAGUUCAGAGUCCAAUUGUCUGGUAACCCAAUUCUUGGUGAUGGUAAGUCUGAUAACCAGAACCAUGCUUUGAUCUUCUACCGUGGUGAGUACAUCCAGUUGAUUGAUGCUAAUCAAGAUAACUACUUGGAAGAGUGUUUGAAGGUUAGAUCUGUCUUGGCUGAAUUUGAGGAAUUGAACAUUGAACAAGUCAACCCAUAUGCUCCAGAUUUGAGAUUUGAGGAACAAGUUACCAACCACCCUGUUGCUAUUGUCGGUGCCAGAGAGUACAUUUUCUCUGAGAACUCUGGUGUUCUCGGUGAUGUUGCUGCCGGUAAGGAACAAACAUUCGGUACUUUGUUUGCCAGAACUUUGUCUCAAAUUGGUGGUAAGCUCCAUUAUGGUCACCCUGAUUUCAUCAACGCUACUUUCAUGACCACCAGAGGUGGUGUCUCUAAGGCUCAAAAGGGUUUGCAUUUGAACGAAGAUAUCUAUGCUGGUAUGACUGCUAUGUGCCGUGGUGGUCGUAUCAAACAUUCUGAAUACUUCCAGUGUGGUAAGGGUAGAGAUUUGGGUUUCGGUUCUAUCUUGAAUUUCACAACCAAGAUUGGUGCUGGUAUGGGUGAACAAAUGUUGUCUCGUGAAUACUACUACUUGGGUACUCAACUGCCAAUUGACAGAUUCCUUUCCUUCUUCUACGCGCAUGCCGGUUUCCACAUUAACAACCUGUUCAUUCAAUUGUCUUUACAAGCCUUCUGUUUGACCUUGAUUAACUUGAACUCUUUGGCUCAUGAGUCUAUCUUGUGUUCAUACAACGUCAACACUCCAAUCACUGAUAUUUUGUACCCUAUUGGUUGUUACAACUUUGCUCCUGCUAUCGAUUGGAUCAGACGUUACACUUUGUCUAUUUUCAUUGUGUUCUUCAUUUCCUUUGUUCCAAUUGUUGUUCAAGAGUUGAUUGAGCGUGGUGUUUGGAAAGCCACUCAGAGAUUCUUCCGUCAUUUGUUGUCUUUGUCUCCAAUGUUCGAAGUGUUUGUUGGUCAGAUUUACUCUUCCUCCUUGUUGACUGAUAUGUCUGUUGGUGGUGCCCGUUAUAUUUCUACUGGUCGUGGUUUCGCUACUGCUCGUAUUCCAUUCUCUGUCUUGUACUCCAGAUUUGCCGGUUCUGCUAUCUACAUGGGUGCUAGAUGUAUGCUUAUGAUUUUGUUUGCUACUAUUGCUCAUUGGCAACCAGCUCUUCUGUGGUUCUGGGCUUCCUUAUCUUCUUUGAUCUUUGCUCCAUUCAUCUUCAACCCACAUCAAUUCGCUUGGGAUGAUUUCUUCAUUGAUUACAGAGAUUUCAUCAGAUGGUUGACAAGAGGUAACAACAAAUGGCAUAGAAACUCUUGGAUUGGCUACGUCAAGAUGUCAAGAUCUCGUAUCACUGGUUUCAAGAGAAAAGUCUUGGGCGUUGAAUCUGAGAAAUCUGCUGGUGACUCUGCAAGAGCCCACCGUACCAACAUUAUGUUUGCCGAUGUUAUUCCAACCACGCUCUACGCUGCUGGUGCCUUCAUUGCCUUCACUUUCAUCAAUGCUCAAACUGGUGUUAAAGAUGCUGAAACCGUGAACUCUGUCAUCCGUGUGAUUAUUUGUACACUUGCACCAAUCGCCAUUGACCUAGGUGUCUUGUUCUUCUGUUUGGGUAUGUCCUGUUGUGCUGGUCCAAUGUUGGGUAUGUGUUGUAAGAAGACUGGUUCUGUCAUGGCUGGAUUUGCUCAUGGUGUUGCAGUUGUUGUGCACAUCAUCUUCUUCAUUGUUAUGUGGGUCCUUGAAGGAUUCAACUUUGUUAGAAUGUUGCUUGGUAUGGUGACUUGUAUCUACUGUCAAAGAGUGAUCUUCAAGUUCAUGACUGCUUUGCUUUUGACCCGUGAGUUCAAGAACGAUAAUGCCAACGUUGCCUUCUGGACCGGUAAGUGGUAUGGUAAAGGUAUGGGUUGGGCUGCUUUCACCCAACCAUCCAGAGAACUCGCUGCUAAGGUGAUUGAAUUGUCUGAAUUUGCUGCUGACUUUGUCUUGGGUCACGUUAUCCUGUUUGUGCAGUUCCCAUUGGUUUGUGUUCCACUCAUUGAUAGAUGGCACUCUGUGAUGCUGUUCUGGUUGAAGCCAUCCAGACAGAUUCGUCCACCAAUCUACUCUUUGAAACAAGCCAAGUUGAGAAAGCGUAUGAUUAAGAAGUACUUGUCCUUGUACUUGUUGAUUUUGAUCAUCUUCGUUGCUUGUAUUGCCGGUCCUGCUGCUGCUUCAAGUCACGUCUCUAAGGAUUUGGGAUCCACAUUGACCGGUGCCUUCAGCAACUUGGUCCAACCAAGAGGUUUGAGCAACAACGAUACUGGUCCAUCCUUCUCAUCUCUAUCGCACUACUACACCUCUACUCCAUCUCUUUCGACUUGGUCCACCAAGGCUUGAUUUUGGUAUGGGAAUUUGCAUACUGGAUGAGGUCAUUUUGUACACUAUUAUUCCUUCUUGGUCGGGUUGGUAAGUUGUCUCGUGUUCUGUGAUGGACUUGUGUUAUUUGUUGGUCUCCAUUCGUUGAUGCCAUUGGGUGUGACUUUCCAAGGGGGACUUUAUGAUAGAGGAAUUCACCCAAUGCGUCACGCUCAGUGAUACCUCACAAAACAUCCGAACAAUGCAUCAAUCUGACUGCUUUCUAUUAUGACGAC